AAGCAGCUCUGUAAAGACUCUGAGCGGGUAGAAGAUGGCAUCCCAGCAGCUCUAUUUGAGGUUAAUGGGGUUGGCUGUCUUGCUGACAAUGUUGGCUCUUAGAGAUGUAUCCAGUGACAGUAUCAUGCACAAGAUCUUAAGGAAAAGAGAUGGAGUUGGUAAUGGCCCCGCAAAGUCCUCUGUUGCCCUCCCUUCUUCCAAGGCUCAAGAGUUCCUGGCAAGACUGAGCAGAACGAAGAGGAACAUUUGGGAUCGCAGCAGACCAGACGUACAGCAGUGGAUCAUGCAGUUUAUGUACAUGGGAUAUGACGAGCAGAGGCUCGAGACUGACCUGGCGUACUGGAUGGACCACGCUCGUGCCAGUGAUCAAGGGCGUCAGCACCACUAUGAUGAAAACUCCCCCAUUGGACCGCGUGACCCCAGUUCUUACAGACAUGGCGCUGAUGUCAACUAUGACUAUUAUUGACUCCAGUCACAGACACACAAUUCAAGGCCACUGCUAGUGUGAAUGGUCAAAGGGUUUGUUUCUUUGACUCCUGCCUUCUCUUUCAGAGAACCUGUGAUAGUAAGUUACAAACCUACAAUGCAGCUGUCAAUCUGCUCUGACUUUUGAUUGGUUACUCCCACCACUGUAACCGACUCUCAUAUAUUUGCCUCUAUCCCUACAUAUUAGUUUUAACAGUGGAAAUGACACACAAAAUUUAAACAAAUUAUUAGGCGGAUGAAUGAACAAAUCUGAUGUCUUGGCUUUUAUUUUUGCUAGAUUGUCAUAAAUAAAGGUGGCUUCGUACUA